AAUAGUGUUCCGUUUUUUAAGUUAGUAAUCGCACAACUUCCGUGUGUCCUUGCAAUUAUACCCAAGUGCCCCUAGAUCCCUACCAAUUGCGGCGAUCCCGACGGCGUGCAACUCCCUGGCAGCCAACACGGAAAACUUCAAAAAUGAGUGUUAGGGCUGGCCCACAGCCAGAGACGCUGUUUCACUCGUGCAUCCGGUUCGUAGCAAAAAAUCUACAGCUGUACAAAAAUAUCGAAUAUCUCGAGUUGCUGCCGGCACUGGUAAAAAAUGCCAUCUUUCUGAACGUUGUGCGCGUUCAUAAAGGCUUCCACGAUGAGGAACUGCCCCGGCUGCUGCUGAACUCGUCUCUCACCAGAAUAAACCUGUCAACAUCGACGAUCACCGACGGUAUCUUGACGCUGAUGGCCGAAAAGUGUCCUCACCUGCGUAGCCUUACCCUAACCGAGGGGAACUAUCGGUUUACUCGCACCGGUCUACACGCGAUGAUACAGCGAUUGGGCAAACUGCAGCAUUUUUAUGUAAAAAACUGCCCACUGAUUGACGACGAGUUUGUACGUGUGCUGACAAGCAGCUGCCCCCAGCUGGACACACUCGAUCUCGAAUCGUGCAAGAACGUUGGCGAUGGGUCGGCAGAAUGUCUGAGCGGUAUGCCACUGAUACGGCUUAACGUUUCCCACACGAGCAUUACGGACAAAUUCCUAAAGGCGAUCGCGAACGAACGAUGCGGAAAGACGCUGGAAGAUUUGAACGUGGGCCACUGUCCGAUUACCAGCGAUGGGCUGUCGGCAUUGUCCUGGAACACGAUAAAGUACAUUGGUUUCGAAGGAUGUAGCAUCGAGGACCUGGAAAUUGUAGGCUUUGGGAAGCAUUUGAAAUACAUCUACUGGACCAUCUCUAACUGAUAUAGCAGAGGCAGCCGGUAUUAUCAUGAACCUUCAACUACGCGAACAAUACAAAAGUGUAGCAGCACAGUGAAUAUAGCAAUAUUCCACAUAAUUUUUACUUAGAGUUAAUUAUCACCCAUGAUCUAAAUGAUUUUUUUAUGCGUUCAUUUACCGUUCAACAUAUAAGGCAAUAUAAUCCAGUGAUAGCAAAGAAUUAAGCAGACAAAAAGAAACAGUCACAAAAAUAAAAACAUGUUGACUAUUUGCUGCGGAAUGUGGAAGGAGCUAUUAUUAUACCGUGGACCAACAAAGCUAACAAACGUACGAAAGUAAUCUGCAAACUCCUGAAUGGAAAAAAGAACACGUGGAAAUUAUUCUCUAUAGAUGAUAGCUAUAUUUUAACGGAUGCUCGUCUGUAGCAUCGCUGCUAUUAUAAUCAAUUCACUACUUACACACUGAACUAUGUAUUUAGCACCCAAACGCAAACGUUAAUGGUAAUUUCACUACAUGACAGAAAUUAAACUAUUUCAAAUUACUACAAUUUAUAGCAAAACACUAGCAAAACAGAGAAGCAAUCAAUUGUAAUACUAAUGUGUAAGUUCAACCAGCACGUAACUGUUAAAAUAAUGACCCACGUAAUAGUGUAAUAGAACGGUAACCGUUUAGAAAAGGGACUCCACCCUUUUUCCCCUUACAUUCAUAUAGCACGUUUUCCCGUACGUUUAAUGCGACUAAUUACAAUAAAAUCCCUAAAACACGCGAUACGUAGCAAUGCAAACAGGAUUUUCUAAUGGACCAUUACGCAUAGUAUGAUAGUAGGUUAGCUACACGCAGGGUAAUACAACAAGCAUCGCUAGCAGUGUAAUAGCGAGACAACUAUUUUAACGAGAUAGCACGUACGGUGAUAUUGUACAAGCACUGGCCGGUAGAGUAAGAGUAAAAAUCAAAUAUAUAUGUACCCGCAUGAACAGGUAAUGUGGGUGGUCAUUAGCCUAGCGCGAAUGCUAGGGUGGUUAGGUUUUUAUGUUGCCAUUUAGAUACACAUUCUUUUUAUUACACAUAGAUACACAUAGAAUGUAUUGCAUGUUCAAACGAGAAACGACUCGUAAGAAAACACAACAGGAAUCUGA